AUGCGCGCGCCCAUAAUGACGCCUCCCCAAUGGCAGGAUUCGAAGCUGUUCAAGCCUCUGCAAAUUGGACAAGUGAAGCUCGCGCAUCGCAUGGUCAUGGCGCCCAUGACGAGGUUUCGCGCCGACGACGCAUAUGUCCCAUUGCCGUUCGCAACUACCUAUUAUACACAACGCGCCUCGGUUCCCGGUACCUUGAUAAUCACUGAAGGGACCCUGGUCUCUGAAAAUGCUGGUGGUUACACCAACGUACCGGGGAUUUGGUCCGAGACGCAGAUCGAGGAAUGGAGGAAGAUCACGAAAGCGGUGCAUGACCAAGGGUCCUAUAUCGUUCUACAGCUGUGGUCACUCGGCCGCACGGCCGACCCGACCGUCGCAAGCAGGAUUGGGAUCAAGUUUGCAUCUUCCAGCGCGCAGGCCAUCACUCCCGGAGCAACGCCCGUCCCAGCCGAGCUCACGAGGGCAGAGAUCCAAGGACUGGUCCAAGAUCACGCUAAAGCAGCUUGGAAUGCCGUAAUGAAAGCGGGCUUUGAUGGCGUCGAAAUCCACGGCGCCAACGGCUACCUCAUUGACCAAUUCACCCAAAAUGUCUGCAAUACCCGGACAGACGAGUACGGCGGCUCCGUGGAGAAUCGAUCGCGCUUCGCCCUGGAAGUGGCUGCUGCCGUGGUCGCCGCCGUGGGUGCGGACAAGGUCGGGAUUCGCUUGAGCCCCUACAGCACAUUCCAGGGUAUGGGGAUGAAGAACCCCCGACCGCAAUUUACCCAUCUCCUGCAAGGCCUCAGGCAGCUGAAGCUAGCAUUCAUUCACCUGGUGGAGUCGCGGGUCUCCGGGAAUGCCGACGUUGAGGAAGGCGAGAACCUCGACUUCGCCAUCGAUGCCUGGGCCGACACCAGCCCGAUCAUCAUCGCCGGCGGGUUUCGCGCGGAGACGGCGAGGAAGGCGGUCGAUGAACAGUACCCAGCCAGGGAUAUCGCCAUCGCUUUUGGCCGAAGUUUCACUUCCAACCCUGACCUGCCUUUUCGGAUCCGCAAGGGAAUAGAUGUCGUUCCCUACGACCGAGAUACGUUUUACAGUUCAGGUUUGGAGGAAGGGUAUAUAGAUUACCGAUUCUGCCCGGAGUUUGAGCGGGAGAGCAGGGUUUAG